GCCGAGAUGCCGAUUGCCACCGUGGCCCUCAGCACGUGGUCCCUGUUGCGAUGCAGAGGGCUGGGACAGGAUGUGGGGACGGCUGCAGCCGCCGACGGGGAUCUCGGCAGAGUGGCGGCGAAACGUGCGGUCGAGGUUCUCUCCACUCUCGGCACAGGACGCGCCCAAUCCCCCGGCGCUUCAACUGCGCAGUGCCUCUGCCUGGCAAAUCUAGCCAGUGCGUCGCCAGAGGCUGCGACUUCGGCAGCGGCCGGCGCUCCUGAGCUUGCAGCGCAGGCUGCGCGGCUGGCGGCGCUCGGCAGGCAUCAGCAGCAAGUGCAGUGGAUCCUUCGAGCCUUCUUCGCGAUCCUGGCAUCCUCCAAGGAUGCAUUGGAAGGUGCGCUCGAGCCAUCGAACACGACCGUCUUGUCCACCACGGUCCUGGGUGUGCGGGCAGCUGCAGAUCGAGAUGAGGCGAUAUGCCUGGAGCUCUUCGAGCAACUGCUGCAGCUCUUUGCGCGCACGGAGAGGCCGGAGACAGUGGCAGCAGAGCUUCUUCGUGCGGAGAUUCUGCCUUGGCUGAUGCGUUUCAGCCUCAAGCGUUCUUGUGCCUGUGCGGCCUUCUGCCGUGUCAUGGACAUCCUGGCUUUCUCCAGCGGCGUCCUGGCUGGGAAGCCAUUGUUGCUCCGCUUCCUGGGGCAGCUGAUAGAGGCGGUUCGUGGCCAGUGCAAGAUCCCGGCAUCGGACCUUUGGAGAAAUCGACGUCUAACGUCGGCCAUGAACUUCAUCGCGUCUCUUCGAUUGUGUCCGAGGAGCACGGCCUUGGUAGCAAAGGGCAAUGCCCCCGAUGCAGGGACCAGGCGUCCGAUCUCCACUCCUGCAGCAGCAGGCUUAGAUCUGUGGUUCGACCUCGUUGAUGGCUCAUUGCCUGGAGGCGCACCUCGUUCUGUGCGCAGCGCUGCGCUGCGGGUGUUGCUGGCAGUAGCCUCCAGCGAUUCGCCUCAUGCCAAGGCGGGCAUUGAUGCCUGGCCCAGGCUUGCCCAGUGGCUGCGUGGGACCAGGUCUGCUGCCGAAUGCAGACGCAUGACGCCCCGCGAAGGCAUCCUGCACCGAAUGGCCGAG